UUUUCGCAGUUCUCUGAAUCUACUAGUUACGCAACCGCAGCAGCCGGGAACGGAGCGCUACCGUCGAGCAGGCAGCCAUGGUGAACGUACCGAAGACAAAGAAGACCUACUGCAAGAGCAAGGAGUGCAAAAAGCACACCUUGCACAAGGUCACCCAGUACAAGAAGGGGAAGGACAGCUUGGCUGCGCAAGGGAAGCGUCGUUAUGACAGGAAACAAUCAGGUUAUGGAGGUCAGACGAAGCCCGUUUUCCACAAGAAGGCCAAAACCACGAAGAAGAUUGUGUUGAGGCUGCAGUGCCAGGGUUGCAAGCACGUCUCCCAGCACCCGAUCAAGAGGUGCAAGCAUUUCGAGAUUGGUGGAGACAAGAAGGGGAAAGGAACAUCUCUCUUUUAA